AUGUCUAGAGAUGGAUGGGAUGAUGCAGUGAGGACAGUUGAUGGAAUGCGGAGUAGAGCAAAAUGCACAAGAAACAACAGACAGCGACGAGGAGUAACAUGGAAACCAAAGACUAUUACAAGCAAAUCAAAAGAUGAUAAACUAUGGAUACAAUAUUUAAUCUAUUCUGUUCAAAUCUAUUCUGUUCAAAUCUAUCUAUCUAUCUAUCUAUCUAUCUAUUUAACCAUUUCAUUCUGUUCAUCUAUCUACCUAUCUACCUAUCUAUCUAACCAUUUCAAUCUAUCUAUCUAUCUAUCUAUCUAUCUAUCUAUCUAUCUAUCUAUCUAUCUAUCUAACCAUAUCUAUCUAUCUAUCUAUCUAUCUAUCUAUCUAUCUAUCUAUUUCAAUUUCGUGAUCUAUCUAACUUAUAAUGAUAAUCAAUAUCUAUCUAUCUAUCUAUCUAUCUAUCUAUCUAUCUAUCUAUCUAUCUAUCUCAGUCUUUUAAUUAUCUAUCUAUUUCAUUUUGUUAAUUAUCUAUCCUUAUCGAUGUCUAUCGAUUCUAUCUAUCUAUCUAUCUAUCUAUCUAUCUAUCUCUACCUUUUUGCUUUAAAUUUCUUUCCAAAACCACCCGCCCCCUCCCGACUUCCUCUUACAUUUCGAUUCUUUUUAUUUAAUUUAUUCUUUAUGUUAUUCUCUUAUCUCUCUCUCUCUCUCUCUCUCUCUCUCUCUCUAUCUAUCUAUCUAUCUAUCUAUCUAUCUAUUUUAUCUAUCUAUCUAUCUAUCUAUCUAUCUAUCUAUCUAUCUAUCUAUCUAUCUAUCUAUCUAUCUAUCUCAGUCUGUUCAUUAUCUAUCUAUCUAUCUAUCUAUCUAUCUAUCUAUCUAUCUAUCUAUUACAGCCUUUACAUUAACUGUCAAUUACUAUCUAUCUAUCUAUCUAUCUAUCUAUCUAUCUUGUAA